AGAGAAGGAGGAGGGGGGCCUGAGGCUUUGUUAUGAUAGUAAAGGCUGAACCUCGGUCAGCGGUUUCUCUUCACCGGGUCACGUUUCUCUUCUCAGAGGAGAGUUAGUCCGGAGCGGAGAGAGAAGGGCGGAAAACAGCGGAGUAAGUCCAGCAGGAGCACAGGGAAGAGACAAUCUGCAUACAUAUCCAGUGAUGGUCGGCCGUAGGCUCCAGAUCAUGUGGCUCCAGCUACGAUCCCUCCCCUCCUCCCUUCACGUCUCUGACACUGUGGCCAAACAUCAGACUCAGUGACCCCCCCCUGACCUCUGACCUCUGACCCUAAAUGUAACUGAGGUCUGCAGUGAUGGGGUUCCUCAGCCUGCUGAGCCUCUCUCUGGUCCUGCUGAACUUCCUGAGUCCAUCUGAGGCCGGACCGACCCCCAGAGUCUCCUUCAGUCUGGGCAGUCCCGGCAGACUCCUCACCCGCUUCAGCAGCCUCGACGUCAGUAACACCACCACCCUGCUGCUCAGCCAUGACGGAGACGUGCUGUAUGUGGGAGCCCGCGACGCUGUGUUAGCUUUGGAUGUUAGCAAUGAGGAUGCUAUCACACUGAGGAGCAAGCUGGACUGGAGUCCGUCAGAUAAAGACCUGGAACAAUGCUCCAUGAAGGGGAAGAAACUGUCCGACUGUCCAAACUUUAUCCGAGUCCUGCAGUUCUUGAACAGCAGCCACAUCUACGCCUGUGGGACGUUUGCCUUCAGUCCACGCUGCACCUACAUCAACUCAGAGACGUUAGCGAUGAGCCUGAAGCCUGAUGAAGGCAGAGGUCGCUGCCCGUACGACCCAUACCAGCGAAACACCGCCAUCAUCGUGGACGGAGAGCUGUACACAGGGACGGUCGCAGACUACAGAGGAAACAGACCUGUGAUCUCCAGACACCUGAGCGAGGGCCAACGAGUCGACCUGAAGCUGGACGACACGUUGGGAUGGCUCGAGGACCCGACCUUCAUCAGCUCCACGUUUAUUCCUGAUGAGGAGAAGAUCUACUUCUUCUUCAGUGAAGUGGGACGAGAGUACGACUUCAUCGACAAAUUCAUCGUCUCUCGAGUCUCUCAGAUCUGCAUGAGUGAUGUCGGGGGUCAGCGGACUCUGCAGAGACGCUGGACCACAUUUGCCAAAGCUCAGCUGCUGUGUCAGGCUGACAACGAGCUGCCAUACAACGUCAUCCAGGACAUCGACACCCUCCCACCAGCAGAGGGCACUCCUGCAGACGACACGCUUUUCUACGGCAUCUUCACCUCCCAGUGGUCUGUAAACUCGGGACGCUCGGCCGUGUGUUCGUUCCGCCUCAGUGACAUCAAAUCAGUUUUCUCUGGAAACUACAAAGUCCUGAAUCGGGACACGUUACAGUGGAGCACCCGGGUUCAGGAGAAGGUCGCCAACCCAGGAGAGUGUGGUCUUCACAACGCGUCAGAUAACGCCCUCCGUUUCGUAAAAGAGAACUUCCUGGCAGACGACAGUGUGCGGCCGGUGGGGAGGAGACUGACGAUGGUUUCAGCCGAGCACAAAUACAGUCACCUGAGUGUGCAGAGAGUUCAGGCUGUGAACCACAGAGACUACACUGUGCUGUUUCUACUCACAGAGUCUGGGUACCUGCACAAAGCGGUGCUGCUGCAGAGCGGGGCUCACAUCAUAGAGGAGGUUCAGGUGUUUGAGCAGCCGCAGCCCGUCAAGAGUCUGAAGCUCUCCAUCCCUCAGGCUGUGAUCUAUGUGGGCACAUCAGAGGGGGUGGUGAGGGUCCCCACGGUGAACUGUUCUGUGUAUUGGACCUGUCCUCAGUGUGUUCUGGCUCGAGACCCGUUCUGUGGCUGGGACCCAAACAGCAGGUCCUGUGUGGAGGUCAAAACCUCAAAGAGCACUCUAGUUCAGGACAUAGACAGAGGGAACGUGGAGGAGGCGUGCAGCAGUGUGUCUCUCACACAUAGAGCCAGAUUCAGCCCCAACAAACAUAAUGCAGCUUUGUGUCCUGCAGGUGAGCUGGUCUCCGUCUCUCUGAACGAAGUUGUCCGGCUGCAGUGUCCCCCGUCCUCCCGUCUGUCCCAGCAGCAGUGGGAGCGCCCAAACAGCCGCCUGUCCCCGGACCUGUACCUGCACCUGGAGGACGGCAGCUUGAGCUUCGUAGCCACGCCCACCACGCUGGGUCACUACCUGUGCCUGUCCACGGAGAACGGCUUCCAGCAGACCAUGGCCAUCUACCACGUCAAACAGAAGAGCAGCAACCCCCCACCCAGCUCACACCCUAUCACACAGGCCGGGGGCCGGGCGGGGCCCAGACUGCUGACCUCUGAGGGGUCCCAGAGAACCGAAUCUGAACCAGAACCAGGAGAAGGACAGAUUGAGCCCACGCAAUCCAGCACAGACCCUCAGACUCCCACCACAGAGCAGGACAGAGACUCCCCCCUGUGGACAGAGGAGUCAGGACUCAGAGGGUCUGACUUUGGGAGGGAAAGGCCCCUGAUGUCGUUGCGGGGCCCCUGUUACUUGAAGGAGCUGGUAGUGGUGUCAGUGUUGUUGGUUCUAUGUGUCAGCCUGCUCAUCACUGUGCUGAUGUAUGUCUUCAGACAGCGCUGCCGCAGCCGUACAACCAUCCAGGCAGGGACCCCCCCCAGAGACAGGAGGACCCCUGUGGAGCAGGAGGCCCUCAGGGGCCACUGUGGGAGCAAACGCAACGGGAAGGCCCUCCACAGUGGACAGGCGGGGGGGCUUGCCUGUAACGGGGCUCUGACGGGGUCUAAUGGACAUUUACCCAACACCCCCAUCUGACUACUACACACACACACACACACACACACACACACACACACACACACACACACACAGUUACACCUGAGAGGAACCUGUUACCAUGGUGGCAGUCAGUCAGCACAGCAGGGGUUCCGUCUAAGCAGCCACAGAGACGGUACAACAACUGAGGAUAAGGGUGUUUAAGGUGUGUGAAAGUGAAUUACAGUCUGUGAGACUGACACAGAGACAACACGCUGUGACGAAGGUACUUCUGUUUGUUUUGACUUCUCUAAAGAUCUGCAUGUUUCCUCUCUUUUCACCUAAACACAGUGAGAAGAAACAAAAAGGAUGGAGCUGCUGUACAGCUGACUUUAAAUGUUUGUAUAAAACAGUCAGGGUCUGAUUCAUUGACUGUAUGUAAAGAUGGACGGUGUAACAACACCUGCUCUCAUUGUACAAAAAGUGAAGCCAACAUACUUCUACCAUAGAUUCAGAGUCCUCACUCACACGCACACACACAUUCAGCAGGUGAUGCCUCUUCCUCUAACAAACCCACGUUGCCAAAGUGUUGUCGCUCCCUCAGGUGGGUCCAGUCCACAGCAGAACAGAUUCUUGUGUGGGCUUGAAUUAGACACUCACAGUUAUGGAAAGUUCAAUGACUCUUGUGUUAGUGUUUGUUUCCUCUCACCGUUCCUCCUCUACUAUGAUAAUCCAGUGCACACAGCGCUGCAGGAGCCUCAUUAGUCAACAGAGCUGUCAAUCAUGACAUCAUACCCCCUCUUUUUAGAGCAUCAAAUAGCUAAUUCAAACUAAACUAGUCAGAAAAUCGAUAACUGACAUAAAUCAGCAUGAUAAGAACCUACUUUGACAGAAACCAGGUUUGACAAACAUUUAUUUGACUUUUAUUUUGGUAUUAAGAGUUUGACCCAUGUCCUAUCUGUUAACAUGGAGGAGACAGGGUUUAUGAUUGUCUUGACUUCACUUAAAGAGAGCUGCCCUGUCAUCCAUCUUUAUAUACAGUCUGUGGUUUAAUUAAAGCCAGGGACUGCUACAGUCACAAGUCUCUUUUUACAGGAUUAUCACAUUUUUAAGAGCUCAUGUGAAAGAAACUUGAACAGAUAUGUUAGAUUUUUAAAAUGUCCUCUGUUGCUUCGGAAGAGUCAGGGUAUUUUUUUAUCAAACCUUUCAGAUAUGUGUGACACACCAAACUCCUAUGAAAUGUUUUUUUGUUGUUUGCCAAACAGAUUUUGUAAAAACUUUAUCAACACGCUGGUUAGGGCUUGUAGCAGGUUUUCAUCAACCAGUGGAAAAAUGAAGCUAAAGGCUGAUUUAUACUUCUGCGUUGAAUCAACGGCGUACCCUACGCCGGGGGUCCACGUAGCUCCCGUACCUACGCCGAGGCCUACGCACGUAGCUGACGUGCACCUCCUCCAAAAUGUAACUCCCCGUAGAGCCGACGUGGACCGCAAGCUCUGUGAUUGGUCCGCUCGGCGGCUUUGUCUUUCCCGCAUUUACAACACUUCCGGGAUCCCGGGCAUCCGCCGCACAUCGGCCAUGUAUUUCAUCUCCUCCUCUCUAUUCUUCAUGUAAUCAUGUCUGUAUGAUAAACAGCAACAUGUAUCAGCUGUAGAUUAACAUAACAUGCUCUGAAACUCUGUGUAAAAGUAAACAGAGAUCGUAGCGGGACCGGAAGCAGGCGGCCGGCUAUCAGAGAGACAGCGCUGCCCUCAGGCAUUUCGGCGGAGAAUUGCUGCGCGACACAGACACAUCGAUGCACAAGUAUGUGGGGCUCAUGUCUGCGUCAGCCCCUGCUGCGUAGGGGAGACGCAGAAGUAUAAAUCAGCCUUAACUCAGAAGUGUAAAAAGAAUGCAGUUUCUCCAGUGUCCACAAGAGGCUGUCUCCUGCACUGAGUCAGUCCCGAUAGAGCUCAAUGUUAAAAUGUCCAACUUUACAGCAGAAAUAAACCUGUUUACAGCCUGGUACAAAAACA